UAUUAUAGAUAAUAGUGAGCUAGAGAGGGUAACAGCAAGAUGGUCGCUGGGCAGUAAAGGUGUCUGCUAUCUGUCACACCGUUCCUGCGCAAUUGCUGCAAAUAUUUUCGGGUGUGUAAGUAACAGCUGUGGUGUUGUGGUGGCGGGGGUGCAGGACGUGACACGGGACGUGACCCUGGAGUCGACACGGACGGUGGUGGUGGCGCCACCCUCACCCACCUCAGACAUGUCAGGAGAUCAUAAAAAGGUUAUUAAAGGAAGUCCAUCGCAGUAUGUGAAGUUAAAUGUUGGUGGUUCUCUGCAUUACACAACAAUUGGCACACUCACCAAACAUGACAACAUGUUAAGAGCAAUGUUUUCUGGGCGGAUGGAAGUGCUCACAGACUCAGAAGGUUGGAUAUUAAUUGACCGAUGUGGGAAACACUUUGGCACGAUCCUCAAUUAUCUUCGUGAUGAAUGGAUCCCAAUACCAGAAAACCAGAGAGAGUUACAGGAAUUACUGGCAGAAGCAAGGUACUACUGUAUGAGUGACUUAGUGGAGGUAUGUGAAGGGGCAAUUAAGCAACGAGAACCAGAGAAAGAUCCAGUAUGUCGUGUACCUCUUAUUACAUCACAGAAAGAAGAACAGAUGCUAAUACAAUCUACCAGUAAACCUGUCGUGAAACUUCUUGUUAACCGGCAUAACAACAAAUAUUCAUACACAAGCACAUCUGAUGAUAACUUGUUGAAGAACAUUGAACUUUUUGAUCGUCUCUCCCUACGUUUCAGUCGACGAGUAUUGUUCAUAAAGGAUGUAAUUGGUUCAAAUGAGAUCUGCCUUUGGGCCUUUUAUGGACACGGGAAAAAGUUAGCUGAAGUUUGUUGUACAUCAAUUGUGUAUGCAACAGAUAGAAAACACACAAAGGUUGAGUUCCCAGAAGCAAGAAUCUAUGAAGAAACCUUAAAUGUUUUGUUGUAUGAGAAUCGUACAGGACCAGAUGCUGAAUUGAUGCAAGCUACAUCCACUCGAGGAGCUGUUGCACCUGUUGUAUGCACAUCUGAUGAUGAAGAAGAGAGGAGAGGUGGUGUUUGUUCCCAGUCUGGUUUGGGGAGGCUACGUUCUAAUAAAAAUAAUUAGUUGAUUAUAUAAAGAGAUUUAGUGAGGCAAAGUUAGAACUCUGUUUAUAUCCAGCAACUAACCACAAAAGUAUCAUUCAAAAAUAAAAUUUAGGCUAGUAAGUUCAUUCUAGCCCAUUGAGGCUUUGCUCAAACAACCACCUUUAUGAUGCUGCCAAUGAUAGUGGAAAAUUUUUUAUAAAGUUUUUGUAUUUGGCUGUGGAGGCUCUGACAAUAAAUGCCAUAAACUCCUGUGUACAAGUUCAUCUAGUUAUUUACUGAUAAGGGCUCUACCGAGUUAUCUUGGUAAAGAGAAUCCUAAUAUAGUGUAUAAGAUCCCAACUACCGGUAAGCAGAUUAUGAAAGAAUAUACAAUAUGCAGUAUAAAAUUUGAACACCAUGUCACUUUGUUUCAGAUUUGUAGUUAAGGUUGACUGGUGUCUCCUGUGAUUCCUUGAUAAAUGCAUCGUAAAAUAUUCUGUAGCAUUUUGUUACUUUAUGAAAAAUGGUAGGCUAUGGAAACGAUAUCUUUUCAGAUUUUAUGUUUAGUUAAAAAUCUUUAUAUUAUUAUUAUUAUUACCAUUAUUCUCCAAAUCUUAUUAGAUGCCUUUUAAUUUUUUUGUUUUCAAUAUUAAAGGAAAUAUUUUCUCUUGUUUAAGAAUGGGUUGAUAAACCAAGCAUAGCACCUAUCUCAGUACAGUAUACUGAAUUUUAACUUGUGCUGUAUAUGCACUAAUCUGAAUCUCAGUGAAUUUGUUUCAUUCUUCAUUUAAAAUCACCUCGGCAUUGUAGUGGUUAGCGUGUUGUUGUGCUGCACUACUUGCCAAUGUUCAAUCCCAGGGCAUACCAAGUGGGUUUCCACUACAGUUCUGGUCAAACAAUAGGGUAAAAAUACUCAACCCAUGUGACCCUACAAGUUCACUUUAUAAGUCAUGUCACCACUUUGCUGUGUCUUGGUUUGGAAUUUAACCCAACUGUUUUCCAAGAAGCGCUUCUGUGAUGAAUGUAGUAUAGAUUGCAAUCAGGGAAACCGGUACAUAGCCGGAAGUGUUCUUGUGUGACACCCAUGGGUUAUUAUGGAUUAUUAUAAAGGUAAUAUUUUCAUGUGACUUAUCAAUAUAAUGUGUCCAUAUAAUGCAAUUGUUGUUUCUAGACUUGACAGUUUGAUGUAAAUAGGCAAAUAAAGAUACAGUAUUUAGGAGUCCACAGUUACUUCCAGAUUUGCUCACUUACAGAUUUUAAUUCUAUUCUAGUAAAACAAAAUGUUCUUUCAUUAAUGAGUAAAUCACAUGUACUUGAAGAUUUUUUUGUGUGAUCGGUAUAAAAUUUAUUAAAAUACUUAAUUUGUGAGAAAAAUGCCAGUUUUUAUCUUUCAUCUAAAUUAUUAUUAUUCCACCUUCAUAAGUCUUACAACAUUGCAGUGGUAGCUGUACACGAGCUGAAACUCGUAUCCAUGUGGUGUAGUUGGUAUGUAAGGGCUAGUCUUCAAAUGUCUUUUUUAUAUGACACAUGAAUAAAAGAUUUAUGUAA